AUGUGCCGGCAGACACCACGCCUAGCACAGUCGGGCACUAGGGAUCCCUGUAGGGUGCGAAGUGGUGCAGAGAAGGGGCUCACGGCUGCUGCUCCGUGGAGGGGCUCCUUCAGCCUCCGGGUGCUGUUGGAAUACGGCCAUCUUGAUCUUGAGCUCUCGACAGGCGAGGAUGUGGAGCUCGUUCUGGCGGUGUUCAACUAUGCCGAAGGCAGUGGCACCCUGGAUGCGCAACUCCAGGUGACUCUUCCCCCCGAAGUGGAGCUGGUCAGCGGCGAGGCAUCCAUUCAGCUUUCCGUGCCAGAAGGAGGCGCCACGCGUCACGCGCUGCGGUUGCGGCCGAAGGCCUUGGGCUCUUUCCUGCUCGAGGCUUCCGCCAGCAGCGGAGCAUUCAGCGAUGCCCUGAGGAAGCCACUCCUCGUGAAGCCAGAGGGUGUCCCCCAACGCGAGACCAAGAGCGUGGUGAUCGAUCUCACGAGUUCUGCCUCAGCAGAGGCUGUGCUGGCGCUGUCACUGCCAGCGGAGGCCGUAGAAGGCUCCGCGCGACUGCAGGUCAGUGCCGUUGGCGACCUGUUGGGCCCAACCAUUUCUGGAUUGGAGCGACUCUUGCAGAUUCCGACAGGAUGCGGCGAGCAGAACAUGAUCACGCUGGCGCCCAACGUUUACGUGGCCAAGUACCUGUUGGCCACAGCGAAGCUGACCCCAGAUCUGCGCCAGCGAGUGGUCAACAACAUGGUGGUAGGAUACGGGCGCCAGCUGACCUAUCGACAUGACGACGGAUCCUUCUCGGCUUUUGGGAAGAGCGACGAGUCUGGCUCUACCUGGCUUACAGCCUUCGUCUUGCGGGUCUUCGCCGAGGUUCAUGGCACUGGUCUUGUGGCGGUGGACACCAGCAUCUUGGCACAGGCUGCCUCUUUCCUCAUCGGCCUGCAGCAGGCCGACGGCUCAUUUCGCAGCGUGGGCACCGUGAUCCACCAGGAGAUGAUGGGAGGCACCAGUGGCAGCCCCACGCUUGCCCUGUCGGCCUUCGUCACGUCUGCGCUUUCCAGGGCUUCCGUGGAGGUUCCGAACCUCUCCGCGCCCGGCCUUGCGAAUGCGCUCACUUCUGCUGCGGCGUACUUGUCUUCUGCUUCCGGUCCCUCUGACUACACAGUGCUCCUUCGUGCACAAGCGUUGGGUUUGGCAGGACAGUGGACCUCUGAUAAGAUCGCAUCGGAGGUCUUGGCAAUCUCCAGCACGGCCGACGGCAAGAGGUUUUGGACUUCUGCCAGCGAAGGCAGAUCGGCUGCCAAGGAUGUGGAGAUGACGGGCUACGGCAUCCUUGCCCUCACGUCCGCGGGGCGCCUCACGGAGGCAUUUCAAGCUGUCCGCUGGCUUCUGGAGAGGCGCAGCGACACGGGCGGAUUCGUCUCCACGCAGGAUACAGUUGUCGCCUUGAAUGCCUUGGGAAGCUACGCCACGGCAGCAGGGCAGAACGUGGAUCUGAGCGUUCAGGUGGGCAAUGGCGGCAGCUUCCAGGAGACUUUGCAGAUCAAUACCGCGAACAUGGAUGUGCUCCAAAGCUUCACACCUGCGGUGGCAACUGGUGCCAACGAGAUCGCGGUGUCAGCUUCAGGCAGUGGCGUAGCCCUGGUGUCCGCUUCUUUGAGGUACAACAUGCCCGACACGGUGGCAAUCCCAUGCUACGAUGUCGAGGUGGAGUGGUACUCCACGGCCGUGCAGGCUUGCAGUCAACCGAGGUCCUCGUGCACCCCAGCUGCCGGCGCAAUGUCCAUCAUCAGUGUGGGCCUCUUCACGGGCUACGCUGCCUCGGUGUCAUCUCUGCAGUCCCUGAAGGAUGACAAGGUGGUGAAGCGAUGGGAUCUUGGCGAUGGGACGGUGGAUCUUUACCUGCAGGAGCUGAGCACGACUGGCAAGACGUGUGUGCAGUUCAACGUGACUCAAGAGUUCCAGGUCUGGAACGUUCAGCCUGCCCUGUCCGCGGUGUAUGAAUACUACGCCCCCGAGGCGCGUGGGGAGCGGUUGGCCUCCUUCGCAGCCAAGGAGUUGACGGAAGACGUGGCAUCACUGCCUGGGAUCCGGCCGGCAAAGGAAGGUGGGGAAGGUGACCAGACCCAAGCCAGUGCAGCGAGCACCCGGCUCCAGCUCGGCCUUUGCGUCCUCAGUUCUGCAAUGUUGCACGCGGCUCUCGUGCACUGGUGA